AUGGCAACUGAAGAGCAUAAUGUCGCGAAGGCUGAAGAAUUUAAAGUCCUUGCUAACCAAGCAUUCAAAGAUCGGAAAUUUUCCCACUCUAUUGAUCUAUAUACACAAGCAAUUGAGCUAAACAGUCAAAGUGCAGUUUACUAUGCUAAUCGUGCCUUUGCCCACCUCCGGCUUGAGGAAUACGGUAGCGCGAUAUUAGAUGCUACAAAGGAUAUUGAAGUUGAUCCUAAAUAUUCAAAGGGAUAUUACAGGCGAGGUGCUGCUCAUCUUGGGUUGGGAAAAUUCAAGGAAGCACUGAAAGAUUUUCAGCAGGUCAAGAAAAUGUGUCCAAAUGAUCCUGAUGCAACAAAAAAAUUGAAGGAAUGUGAAAAAUCAGUUAUGAAACUGAAAUUUGAAGAAGCUAUUGCUGUACCAGGAUCUGUGAAACACCAACAGCCGUCCUCAAACGCCGCCUCCAUUGAAGGUCCUUCCGUCCAAACCGAAGCUUCGAUCUCACGCAUCAUGGCCAUCACCGAUCUAAUCGCAAAGCACUCUUUCGGUUCCAUGUUCAACCUCCGCACUCAGUCGACCCUCUUCUUCCGUCGAACCACCACAUAA